UCGCCAAAGUCAAGUCAACAAGAGGCAGAGACCACCGGGGGCCAAAAAGCUAUGCGUACUGUGUUACGCCAUUUUAGAGUUGACGAAGACUCGAAUUGGUUUGCUUUUCUUAUGUGAAAAACAGUGGGGAAAGUUCUAGGAAGAUAGGUCCGAAGCGUAAUAUAAACGAACUUCGGUGGGGGUAAAGUGAACGAGCCUUUCUUGUUCAGGUGCUACGAGAGAGGAAACCCUCAGAAGAAAAUACUUGUGAGAAUGAACAUGGGAAACCGGUCGGAGGCAGGAACGAGCGGUGGUGAGCCGUCGGCGAUUGACUAUGACGUCUUCCUGAGUUUCAGGGGGCCGGACACUCGCCAAGGCUUCACAGAUUGUCUUUAUCACCAAAUGCAAGAAGCAAACAUCCGUGUUUUCCUCGACGAGGAAGAGCUCCAUGUCGGUAAAGAAAUAGCUGAUGAGCUACCGGUAGCCAUUGAAAAGUCGAAGAUCUACAUACCCAUCUUCUCUAAAGGUUAUGCUUCGAGCGCGUGGUGCCUUCGCGAGCUCGCGCACAUGGUGAAUUGCAAGAAAUCCAAACCAUCCGAGAAGGAGAUUAUGCCGAUUUUCUACGACGUUAAGCCUCGCGAUGUUAAGCUUAAGUCUCAAUGGUACGUCAACGCUUUGGAGGAGCAUGAAGAGAAGUUCGGUCGCGAGACGAGGCAAAAGUGGGAGGAUGCCCUCAAAAGUAUAGCCCAAAUCAAAGGAUGGGAGUUGAAAAAGCAAGGGCAUUGGAAAUUCAUUCAAUCGGUGCUACAAGAGAUUGUGAUGAAGCUGAAGACAAAAGACAAAUACGUUACCGAGCAUUUAGUUGGAAUGGACGAUCCAGUGGAAGCCGUUCUGAAGUUGUUGGACAUGGACUCCGAGGGCUUGCGCUUUGUGCUAAUCCAUGGAAUGGGUGGAAUUGGUAAAACGACUCUUGCUAAGGUUGUGUUCAACAAACUAAAUUCCCUCUUUAGUCAUUGCUGCUUCUUGGGAAAUGUUCGAGAGUUGUCGAUCAACUUUGGCCUCAUAAAUUUACAAAAACAGCUAUUGUCUAACACGUUGGGUUUAGCCUUUCAAGACAAACUAUACAAUGUUGACGAUGGGAUCAAGGUGAUUAGGCAGCGACUUUCUUAUAGGAAACUCUUCAUCAUUCUCGAUGAUGUGGAUGAUGAGGAGCAACUCGAGAAACUAGCCAUUAAGCACAUUUCAUUUGGCUCGGGAAGCAGAGUUAUUUUGACAACUAGGAAUAGAAGCAUCAUAGAAGCCAACCAAAUUUUGAAGUAUGAAUUGAAGCCGUUGGAUUCCAUUCAAUCACUUGAGCUUUUCAGUAGACAUGCUUUUGGAAGUAAUCCUCCUCCAGAUAAUUAUGUUGGUCUUUCGAAAGAAGUAGUUUCUAUGACUGGGGGGCUUCCCUUGGCUCUCGAAGUCAUAGGCUCAUUACUUCAUUGGCAAAACAAAGCAUCAUGGAUAGAUGUGCUGGACAAUUUGAGGGAAAUACCUCCUGAGAAGGUCCAAGACAAGCUGAAGAUCAGCUACAAUGCCCUAAGUCUUGAGCAAAAACAGAUCUUUCUCGAUAUCGCUUGUCUAUUUGUGAACGAAGACAAGACGAAUGCAUUCUUCAUGUGGAAAGAUUGUAGAUUUUUCCCAGAUUAUUCGAUUCAAGUCCUUGUUUAUAGGUCCCUGAUAAAGAUAACUGAUGAUAACAAAUUAUGGAUGCAUGACCAAUUGAGAUAUCUCGGGAGGAAAAUUGUUCGUGGAGAUAUGAAGAUAAUGGAUCCAAGAAACCAGAGUAGGUUGUGGAUUCCUGAGAUGGCCAAUAAAAUCAUAAGAACAAAGGAGAGAAAGGAGGCCAUUGAAGCAAUCUGCUUAGAUGGAUUUGAAUCGGGAACCUAUACGAGCAAGGAGUUUUCAAGGCUUCCAAAUAUAAGGUUCCUUAGAUUAUUUAGGAAACAAUUAGAUGGAGACUUUGAUAAUCAACUUUCAGAGUUAAGACACAUGGCCUGGUAUUAUUGUCCUCCAGAGUUGUUGGCCAUCAAUUUCCAUCUAAGCAAUCUUGUAGUUCUCGAGCUGUGUUGCAGUUCCAUCAUGGAUGACUGGGCUGGAUGGAGUGAAAUCAAGGUUGCCAAGAAGCUUAAAGUUCUGGAUCUCACAUGUUGUGAAGAGAUAACCAAGACUCCAGACUUCUCUCAUUAUACGAGCUUAGAGAGAUUGAUCCUUCAAGGUUGCAGUCGACUGAUUGAGGUUGAUGGUUCCCUCGAAAAGCUUAAGUGCCUGAUUUACUUCAACGCGGAAGGGUGUACAAGUCUUAGGGAGUUGCCCGAAGGAAUUGGAGGGUUAGAGAAGCUCAAGUACUUGUACUUAGCCGAUUGCAGAAAGUUGAGGAAGCUUCCUGAAUCCUUUGCAAGACUGACAUCACUGGUAGAGUUGGAUCUCUCGUUUACGGCUAUCUCAAGAUUACCCAACUCCAUUGGUAACCACAAGUGCUUGUCAACACUUAGAUUGCAGGCUACAAAAAUCAGACAACUUCCUAGUUCUAUUGGGAACCUACAAGAACUUAAGUCUCUCGUUCUAUCAUCUACUAAAAUGCAAAAACUCCCCAUGUCGAUUGGGAACUUGGAAUCGCUACUCAAGUUGGAUAUCUGGAACACGAAAUGUCUUCGGUUACCUAAAUCUCUUGGAGACCUAAGUAGAUUAAAAGUCAUCAACAUUUCAUUUUCUUUGAUAAGGGAGUUACCGCGAAGCAUUGUCACACUAAAGGAGUUGGAAGAGCUACAUGCUGGGCUUUGCCCAUCUCUAAAAGACAUUCCCGAGGACAUUUGGAAAUUAUCACUUUUGAGAGUUCUUAACUUGGAAUCUAGCCCUAUUAGAAGUGUUCCUUUGACGAUUAAUCUACUUCCUCACUUAGAGAUAUUAAGAUUACAUCGUUGUAGUGGACUUGAACUCUUGCCUGAGCUUCCCACAAGUUUGAAAAGUCUAAGCUUUGGAUCAAAGUCGCUACGGUGGGUCUCAGAUCUCUCAAACCUAACUCAAUUGGUGGAGUUGAGAUAUAGUGGUCAUGAUGAGAACUACCAUCCUUUGUUCUUCCAAGAUGGUCCUUGCCGACAAUCCCUCGAGUUCCUUCAACUAUCUAUGUCAACAUUGUCACUCGAAAAUCAUACGUCAUCAACCACUUUGUCAUUUUGUCAUAACUUCAGAAAAUUAACACGUUUAAGUAUUCAUUACUGCCUUUGGAAGGAAGUUCAACUCGAUGGGCUCGAACAGUUAAUUGAAUUUGAUGUGGCAGGGUUAAAACUCCUGCAAGGAUUUGCCGGUCUUUCGAGUUUGAAGAGGUUGAAGAUGCUAAGUAUGUCCAAUUGCCCAAAUCUAACUGCGAUCCAAGGUCUUGGUUCGCUGGAGUCAUUGGAGCAUUUGGGAAUACACCAGUGUCCUAAGAUUGAAAGUCUAGAUAAUCUAUUCGAUUUGAAAAAGCUGGAGUCCUUGGUGGUUGUAUAUUGUGAAGAGCUUCUGGCAGUUAAAGGCCUCGAUGAACUGGAGACUCUCAAAUACCUAGACUUUACUGGUUGCAGAUCAUUGAAAAUACCAGACUUUUGCCUUCUAUGUGUUAAUGGCUGGGAAAAAAGGAAGGAAAAGAGAUUAAUUAAUGUGAUACUGCGAAUAGAAGACUGUGUCUGGGAAAAAGGAGUAGAGAAUGAGGAGUGUGAGACUGCCCAAAAUUCUUCUGGGGGUAUUCAAGUGACGAAGUGGCUUUUGGAGUGCUUGUCAUAAUUCGGUGUGUUGUCCUUAGACACUCCACGCAUAUUAGUUCGAUCAAGUGGCGGUCAAUCAAUCACGAUAUUUAGUGACAUUUUGGUUCCGUCGUUUAUCUUAGAUUGCGUCGCAUGUUUUUGUCUUUUUCAUGUAAUUUUUGUAGUAUUUCCGACAAUGUUUUCACCGCCAAGAAAGGCAUGUACUUAUUUUCUGCAUUGUAGCAUUUUUUUUUCUUUUUUUUUUAAUGAUUUGAAUUGUCCAAAUUCUUCUAAAGGCUAAAAUUUAAAAUCCAGCUGAUGAGAUUUUUUGCAGCUGAGGACAGAGAAGA